AUGCUCAGUCGUAUUGUGCGACCAGGCGCUCAAAUCUGCUUCAGGAGCGUCGCCACGGCAGCUCCUGCAGACCGAAAGAAAAUAAAAGUCGAAAACCCGGUGGUGGAUUUGGAUGGGGACGAAAUGACUCGUAUCAUAUGGCACGAAAUAAAGAAAAAGGUCAUCAUUAUUUUUAAAUAACCUCUCAAAUUUUGUUUUUUUUUCACACCAUCACAAACUCGCAGAAUUAAAAAAAAAAUUUCAGCUGAUCCUACCGUAUCUGGAUCUUGACAUCAAAUACUACGAUCUUGGCCUCGAAAACCGUGAUGACACUGAUGAUCAGGUGAAAUAUUCUCCGAGAUUUUUUUAUUCAGAUUUUUUGAACCCGCAGAGUCAUUUUUUAAGCUACUAAAAAAAUCAUUCCUUAUUGUACACAUGUUGGGUUGUACUCUCAUUAAGCUAAAUUUUGAUUUCAUUUUCGCAAAUUUCACAAAAUGAGAUUUUCAGAGUUGAACUGUUCUUUAUUAGAGAGGCUUUUUAGAUUUUUCAGGUUAUCAAUUUCUGUUCAUGAGACAAGAAAUGGAACCAAUCUACAAAAAAAUUUCACAACCAGUAUAUGUCAGCGAGAAAGAAUGUAGUCAUAACCUUUUUUUGUUUGAUGUUAAAGUUAUUUUUCACGGUGGCACUCAGUAAAGAUUUCACCACAAACUCGAGUAAGCCUGUGUAGAAAGGUCCAAAAACACAUUUUGAGUGUAGUUUUCUGAUUGAGCAGAUUACUUGAAUAUCAUAAAACUUUUCUUUUGGAAGAAUUCGGAACAGAAAAUUUCAGGUGACGGUUGAUGCUGCACAUGCAAUCCAGGAGUACAACGUGGGCAUAAAAUGCGCGACGAUCACUCCAGAUGAAGCGCGCGUGAAGGAAUUCAAUCUCAAGAAAAUGUGGCUUUCUCCUAACGGCACCAUCAGAAAUAUUCUUGGAGGUUUGAAUGAUAUUUAUUUCUAAUUUUUUUGUUUUCUUACUUACUUUUCUUUGAUAAUAUGAAAUGUUAAUUUAUUCAGAGUUGAUAAUUUUUAGGAGUUUUCAGAAUACACAAAAUAUGCUGAAAUUAUCGACCUGCAGAACUUUCUUCUUUUUUAGAAUGUUUCCAAAAGAGUGUAUUUAACCGGAAUUUGUUUUCUUCGUUUUUUUUGUGCUUUUACACUACUAAGAAAAAUUUGGGCACGCUGAGACCCCUAGGAUUUUCUUUUUGAUAAUUUUUCAGAAAGUUCCCAUCCACAAAAUUAACCUUUUCUGUAAAAAUUAUUCUCAAGCUGUUUUUCUAAUUGACAAAAACACGUUUAGGAACCGUUUUUCGAGAACCCAUCUUGUGUGAUAACAUUCCUCGGCUGGUUCCUGGCUGGACUCAACCCAUCACAAUUGGACGUCAUGCUUUUGGUGACCAGGUUUUCUUAGUUUUGGUUUCUGGAAAAUAUUUCUGCUGUUCAGUACCGCGCUACAGAUCUUGUCAUUCCAAAAGGAUCAAAACUGCAAUUGAUUGUCAGAGGUUGCUCAAGUAGUUGAUUGAAAGAUACAAAUGAAUCUUCAGAUGGAAGCGGCAAUGAACAAGUGCACGAUGUGUACGACUUUUCCAAAACCGGCGGCGUGGGAUUAGCAAUGUAUAACACGGAUGAGGUGAGUGAAGUUUUCCGACCAAACAUAACUUUCCUGUUUUAUUCAGAGUAUUCGCGGAUUUGCUCAUUCGUGCUUUCAAUAUUCCCUAAUGAAAAAAUGGCCUCUCUACUUGUCCACCAAAAAUACGAUUUUGAAGAAAUACGACGGCCGUUUUAAAGACAUUUUCCAAGAGAUUUAUGAAAGGUUGGAUUACUCGAAAACAAGUUUACAAGGGGAGACGUUUUGUUCAGUCAGUUGAAUUAGCAAUUUUCAGCUUUAAUGUUUAUCAAGUGAAAACAUCAUGAAAUUUGGUUUCGAAAAAAAGGUUUUAAAAUGAAAAUAUGUAAUUGAAAGGUUCUUUUUUUAAAAACUGUAAAUCUGUGACACCUAAAAAAAUAUACGAUCAUUGUGUGAGAAAUUUGAAAAUUUUUUUAAUUCAUUUUUCAGAAUAUUCUGGAGUCGUCUUUUUUAAUGAGAGUCUGGUUGAACCCUAACAAACAAAACCAAAUUUUUUCCAAUUCAAAAAUAAAUUUUUUUGUUUCAGCAAGUAUGAAGAUCAGUUCAAGGAAAAGAAAAUUUGGUAUGAGCAUCGCCUUAUUGAUGAUCAGGUUCCUUUAUAAGAAGUUCUGUGUCGAGAAACUUUUUUUCAGGUAGCGCAAGCACUGAAAAGCUCAGGUGGUUUUGUUUGGGCUUGUAAAAAUUACGACGGAGACGUUCAAAGUGAUAUUGUAGCCCAAGGUGAGGUUUACGAGAAGGUUUAUGAUUGUAAACUUUUCUAGUUUCGGCAACAAAGGAGGUGAUAGAAGAAUUAAAUGUUUCAAUGAGAAUCUUUUUGUUGUAUCUUUUUUUAUUGAAAAUACCUUUCAAAAAAAUUAAUAAAUAAAGAAGAUAUUCUUGAAAUAAAUCUGAUCAGGAUAUGGAUCCCUUGGCUUGAUGACUUCGGUCCUCAUGUGUCCAGACGGAGAAACGAUUGAAGCAGAAGCUGCUCAUGGAACAGUGACCAGACACUACAGAGAACACCAGAAGGUAAGUUAGUGAAAUGUUUUGAAUUCAGCUGAAAAGUUCAAUAAGAUUUUUUCGAGUUUAUUUUCUGUUCAGGGUAACUCAACUUCUACGAACCCAAUUGCUUCUAUUUUCGCUUGGACCAGAGGACUUCACCACAGAGGCGUUCUGGACAACAACAGUGAACUCAAAAAGUAGGACCUCAUUUUGUAGUCUUCCAAAUGCAGUCACCCAAUUUCCAGGUUCUCACUGACUCUCGAGAAAGCUUGUGUUGAUACCGUAGAGUCGGGAAAAAUGACCAAGGAUUUGUCGAUUUGCGUCCUUGGAUCAAAGAAAGGAACCGAGAAAGGAGCUUUUCUGAUAACCCAAGAUUUCCUCUCCGCUAUCGAUAGCAAAAUGUCCGAGCUCAUGUCUCAAAAACUGUGA